AUGGAUCUGAAACAUUCCAACGUGCCGGAAGUGACGGUCGUGGCAGAUGCGUAUAUGCCCGGUAGCAAGUCGUCGGAUUUGAUCAAACCCCCGGCAACGAAUGGAUCGAAUGCGACACUCGAUAAACCAGCGCUGCCAGCAGGUGAGUUCCGGAUGUACAAACGGCGCUGGAUAGUGCUGACCAUCUUUGUGAUGUAUUCCGCCUCGAAUGCGCUGCAGUGGAUCCAGUACAGUAUCAUCGCAAAUAUCGUGCAGCGAUAUUACAACAUCACCAGCACCUGGGUCGACUGGACGUCGAUGAUUUUCAUGAUCCUGUACAUUCCGCUCAUCUUUCCGGCCAGCUGGAUUUUGGAUAAAUUGGGACUUCGAAUUGCUGCCAUCAGCGGUGUGCUUGGUACGUGCCUCGGUGCUUGGGUCAAGUGUUUCUCCGUCAGCCCGGAUCUGUUCUGGGUGGGUUUUGUGGGUCAGUCGAUUGUGGCUGCCUCACAGGUGUUUAUCCUGUCGCUUCCGGCGAAGGUAGCAGCCGUCUGGUUUGGACCGGAUCAGGUGUCAUCGGCUUGCAGCAUCGGUGUGUUCGGUAAUCAGCUCGGUAUAGCGGUCGGGUUCCUUGUCCCGCCGAUGCUAGUGGAAAACCAUGACGACAUCAGCCUCAUCGGUGAUGACCUACGGCUGAUGUUUUACAUUGUGGCCGGCGUCACAACCGUACUCGUCGUGCUGGUGCUGUUCUUCUUUAAGGCAGCGCCACCGACACCACCGUCCGCUGCACAGGAAGCCACGAAAACGCCCAACCCGCUGCAAUCGUCACCGUUCCUGCACUCGAUCAAGCGGCUCAUGCUCAACCGGAACUACGUGCUGCUGCUUAUCUCGUACGGCAUGAAUGUGGGAGUGUUCUAUGCUAUCUCCACGCUUCUUAAUCAGAUUGUUCUGACACAUUAUCCCGGACAUGAGGUUGAUGCUGGACGUAUCGGUGUGUGUAUUGUGUUUGCUGGUAUGCUUGGAUCCGUCGCCUGCGGUAUUGUGCUGGAUAAGACGCAUCGAUUUAAAGAAACCACACUGGCCGUGUACAUUUUUACCAUGAUUGGUAUGUGGAUCUACACCUUCACCCUUUCGGUUGGUCACAUUUCGGUGGUUUAUGUUACAUCCUCUCUGUUGGGCUUCUUCAUGACCGGUUACCUUCCGGUUGGGUUCGAGUUUGCGGCCGAGCUGACGUACCCGGAACCGGAAGGUACCUCGACCGGGCUGCUUAACGCAGCGGCCCAAGUCUUCGGUAUCACCUUCACCAUGCUCUACUCGGAGCUACUCAACACGCACGGUGACAUCGUGGCGAACGUAACGAUGGCUGUGAUGCUGCUGGUCGGUUCUGUCGUAACCGCCGUCAUACGGUCCGAUUUGAGGCGUCAGGCUGCUCAAAACCCCAACCCGUAA